GUGGUUUUUGCGGACAGAAUUGGCAGCAGGCCAGUAGAGAUAGGCAGCAACAGCAGCAGCAGCAGCAGCAGCAGCACAGCAGCAGCAGCACAGCUUGAGGAGAUGCCUCCUGGGUCUCGUAGUUGUUACAUUUUGGACGCGUAUGUAGUGCUGGAGGUGCCGCCCUUUGCGACCAAGCAGGAGAUCAAGAAGGCCCACCGCAGACUCCUGCAGGUGAGCGGAGAGGGGCUGCGGGCAUGGUGCAGAGAGAGGGGGGAGGGAGGGAGGGAGGGAGGGAGAAAGGCACACACAGUGGCGGAAUGCAUCCGCUGCCGCUGUGUACGUGACGAUGCAUGCGCACGUAUGUCUGUGGAGAGAGGCGCCAUAUAUGUGCGUGUCUGUGAGAAUGCACUGAUUCAAUCACUGCUAUGCUGACCGGCGGCAUGUGCUGUGUGGGCUGUGUGCAGAUGCACCCCGACAAGCACCUCCAGGACGACCACAGCGCCAUGGCCGAGAUAAACGAAGCGCGCGACACGCUCAUGGACGACGACAAGAGGGCCACCUACGACCGCGAACAUGUGACCCACACUGUUGUCAUGUCACAUUCUAUGCGCAACGGUCUGUCGACGUGACUGAACACUUGUGUGUGUGUGGUGUUCUGUUGUGUUGUGUUGUGUUGUGUUGUGUGUGCAGGACGUGUCGGAGAGGACGUGGACUCAGGCCAUGGCCCAGUGGAGAAAAGAAGUGGACCACAUCCGCGUCAGUGAGUGAGGGAGCCGAGGGAGGCCCCACGACAGACAGCUGACAUCCCAACUCGCACACACAUCCAUCUAUGUCCUGACGCUCUGUGUCUGUCUGUGUGUGUUGUCCAUUUCGCUGACUGACAGGCCAAGCGUGCCAAGCUGCUCGGUCAGAGCCCGCCUGCCGAUUGCCCCACCCCCUGCAGUGAGCCGCCGAAACCGGUACGUUAGAGAGAUACAUCCGAGUCAGUGUGUGUACGAAAUCCACUCAUCUGUGUGUGUUGCUGUACGGUUUGCCCUCUCUCUUCUCUUUUGUAUCUUAACCCACCCUCAGGUUUUCGAGCUCCUCCCGUACAUGAACUCCAUCCCAUUUCUGCCCACGCGUGGCUACUUCAAUUUGGCCCAAAUCCCCACGCCACUCCAUUUCUGCCAUCCCCCUUCUGCCCAACCGACCCCGCCCCACAACGCCAUCCACCCCCCGCACCACCACACGGCUGCCACUGAGGCGACCCCCGCGCCGCACACACAGCAUCCCCCGUCACACCCAUACGUGGAGACGCUCAUCGACCCCCACACGAACACCUACCGCCUUCUGGUGCCGGUGUCGGCUUGGGGGGAGGGCGAGGACGGCCACUACAUCAGUGAGCUGACGGGGUGGGAAAGCGCUCACUGGCGGCGGGAGGGGGAUGUGUGGGUGGUGACGGGAGAGGUGCCGGCCGACUACUGCUGGCUGCUCGAGGGGUGCGCGGAGGCUCGUCGCGGAGUGCGCAUGGCCUUUGCCAACGUGUGUGAGGCCCGCGAGAGGGCUGAGAGGGCGGCGGCGAGGGCAGCGCAGGCGGCGUUAUCGUGUGUGACGGGCAUGUGGGCCUCUUGGGGGCAGGGGGGGAGGGAUGAGUAUGUGGGAUUUUGUGUCAGUUGAGGGGCCAGACAGUGUGAAGCGGUUGCCUGACGCAUGGAUUGCGGGGUAUUUGCCCACCUCUUGCUGAUAUCUCUCUGGCUGGCUGCCUGGCUGACUGACUGACUGCCUUGACCUGGACAACUUGCCUACCUCUUGUUGAUAUCUCUCUCGCUGGCUGGCUGGCUGGCUUGGCACGUAGAAAACGAUGGACACGGGGACACGCAGACGAGGGGAAUUCAGCCAGUUAUCGCACCAUCAAUGAGUGCGUGACGUGUGUGUGUGGCGGAUGGAUGGACGGAUGGAAAGGGGCGGCGGCGUCAUUCCUGGGCGUGCCUUGCCCCUACCUGCCGUCCGCUUAUCAUAGCCGAUUGGUGUAACGAUUGGAGUGUGGGUGGUGUGGAGGGCUGGAUUGCCAACACACACGAGGAGUGGACGGCUGGAUGGAUGGCGCAUGAAGAGAAACACUGUUGUGCGUAGGUCCGUGUCUGUAUGUCCAUUCAUUC